CGACGUAAUUCAGUGUAGCUUAUAAUAAUAGCAACGGAUGACGCUUUCCGUUGGAAUGUUUCAUUGAGCGGGUAUGUUUUACGCUUUUCACCCAUUGCAGCUCAUCUGUCUUGAAAUCAUCCUUCAAGUUGUUAUGAAGUACAGGAAGUAGCCGUUCACUUUUCAAGAACCACAAAAUGGCCGCUGCACGUGUUGCGAUGAACAACAAUUUCAGCAUGCAGAAGCCCAUUAGACCAGAGCCUCAUCGAAGUCAAGCUCCAGCGCCAAGCAGACAGUAUCAAUGUUCUGAGCACAGUAAUGACAUUCUCAACCAACUCCAUCAGCUGUGGAAGCAACGUAUCCUGUGCGACGGGAACAUCAUAGCCAAUGGGAACCACUUUGCCGUCCACCGCGCCGUCCUUGCAUCCUGCAGCGAGUACUUCAGGGCCAUAUACCUUGAGAACGACAAUGUCCGUGACGUCCAACUCCACAGUAACAUCUCCAAGGAGAGCCUGGAGCUGCUCCUGCACUACGCUUACACAUCCCAGAUAGAGCUCACCCUGGAGAAUGUCCACAAGGUUGUGAGCGGAGCCGUCCAGUUGAAGAUGAAGCGUGUCAUCAACAUCUGCAGCCAGUACCUGACGUCGGUCCUGGCCGUGGAGAACUGCAUCGGGAUCCUCCACCUCUCCAGGAAGUUUGGGUUCAAGGAGCUGGAGCAGGAUGUGCAUGAGUUUAUUGUGGAUAAUUUCUUGAUUGUAGCUGAGAGACCAGAGUUCCAGUCCCUCAAGUAUGAUGAUAUGUGCUUUUUCCUGAAGCAAGAUCGCAUGGCCAUCGGAUCUGAAUUUGAGUUGUUUGGAAUCGCAGCCAGGUGGAUCAAUCAUGACAAGCAGACAAGAUUCAGACAUGCAGCUCAGCUGAUGAAGCACAUUCGCUUCCCGUUGAUCUCAAGCGACGACUUGGUGGAGCAUGUCCAGUCACAUGGCUUCAUGAUGCAAGAUCAGUCAUGCCAUAGGUUCCUGAUAGAGGCCUUGAACUACCACCUGGUGCCUCAUCGCCAGCCUGCCUUGCAGACCCCUCGCACCCGCAUCAGGUCGACCAAGGAAGCAAUAGUGUCCAUCGGGGGUGAACUGCCACAUCACAAGGUGAGUAACCAGGUCCUGGCUAUGGAUGAACUCCACAGUGGCUGGAAGGAACUCUCUAGGAUGCCUCUGAAGAGGGUCGAUCAUUGCGUGGUGGUGCUCAAUCACUUCGUCUAUGUCGUAGGUGGGCAGGUAACCUUGAACUCUAAUGGCAAGGAGAGCAUCGGAACGGUUCACCGGUACGACCCAAGGUUCAACAAGUGGCUCCAGAUGUGUCCUAUGCAACAGAGAAGAGCUUUCUUCUAUCUGGCAGGGCUUGGAAGCAGCUUGGUAGCUGUUGGGGGAAAGAAUGAACAGGGUGCUUUGGCUUCAGUCGAGAUGUUCAACCCAACUGAGAACAGUUGGAAGUAUGUGCAUCGCUUGGAUGAACCAACGUAUGCCAUGUCUGGAACUGUGGUAGAUGGCAACCUGUUUAUCACCGGAGGAUUCGCCACGCACAACUUCAGUCAGAUGUGCUACAUGUACAACCAUGAGAUUGACCACUGGAUUCCUAAAUGCCAAAUGAACAUUGCUCGGGGGUUCCACAUGAGUUGCACCCUACGUGACAUGAUGUAUGUUAUGGGUGGGAACCAUCUGAAUUCCUACGGAGAUCGGGUGGAUGUCAUGGGAGUGGAGCAAUACAACCCUCGGGAAGACACAUGGAUCACCAUGUCACCGAUGCUGACAGGUCUGAGUAUGGCAGGCUGCACGACGACAGAGGACAAGAAGAUCUACGUGGUUGGGGGCUACAAUGGUCUGGGCCGGCAGCGUGAGAAGGACAUUCAUUGCUACAAUGUAGAUGCUGACGAGUGGGAUGUUGUCGCAGAGCUUCCGGAUUCAAGUUUAAGGAUGUCCUGCUGUACGCUGACUCUUCCUAAUAGCUUCUUUAACGCAUCACCUCCUAACGGUGACUCCUUGUCCACUUCAGACUCCCAUUUCACAUCUGUCUCACAGCUAAAUGAGAACUUCUCUGCCAUCAGUACCAGUGCAAGCACUGUCUUUAUGAGGUAACACAAACAUCUAGGUGAAUACUGACGAUGGUCAGCCAAUUAAACAUUCCAUUAGCCCAUCAGUACUCAGUUGUAGAGAAGAGUAU